UUGAUUAUUUAAUGGACUGUGAUUCACUUCUCCACUCCUCUGUACUCCACUCUCAAUCCGCAAUUCAAUAGAAAUAAAACGCUACCAAAACCACCACCUAUACACACACAACACACUAUAUCUAACCAAAGUAUACAUAACAAUGGGUUUCAGAUUGCUUGUUCAUGUUCUUCUUCUUUUGAUAGUUAGCUGUUUUGUUAUUAGUAUUGACGCUCAAAAUGUUAUUAUCAAUGAAGAAUCAGAAGCAGAGAAUGAGUCAACAAUUAAAACCAUGGAAAAGUUUUCUGGGUAUCCCUCAAUUCAUCAAGAAAAUCAUUUAAUCCCUGAUUCCUUCACUGUGGAUUCUCUAAAUCUUCAAAAACAGAUUGACGAACUUUCAAGUUUUUCGGAUUCGCCAGCUCCAUCGGUAACAAGGAUCUUGUACAGUGACAAUGAUGUAGUGGCUAGAAGGUUCAUCAAAAACUUGAUGGAAAAUGCAGGCCUUUCUGUCAGAGAGGACGCUGUUGGCAACAUAUUUGGUCGGUGGGACGGUAGUAAACCAGAUCUAUCUGCUGUUUCAACAGGCUCUCACAUUGAUGCGAUUCCAUACUCUGGAAAAUACGACGGGGUAGUCGGUGUAUUGGGUGCAAUUGAAGCUAUAAAUGUACUGAAGAGAACUGGAUUUAAGCCUAAAAGGUCAUUGGAAGUAAUCAUGUUUACCUCAGAAGAGCCUACACGAUAUGGAAUCAGCUGUUUGGGAAGCCGGUUAUUAGCUGGGAGUGUGUCGCUUGCUACUGCUCUUAAGCAGACGGUAGAUAAUCACAAUAUGUCAUUCCUGGAUGCUGCAAAAUCUGCUGGUUAUGCAAAAAACGAGGAUUUCUCCACUGUGUUUUUAGAUGAGAGAAGCUACUCAGCUUUUGUAGAGCUGCAUAUAGAACAAGGUCCUAUUCUGGAAAACGAAGGUAUUUCUAUUGGUAUUGUGACUGCUAUUGCCGCACCUGCAAGCAUCAAAGUUGAUUUUGGAGGAAAUGGUGGCCAUGCUGGUGCUGUAUUAAUGCCACUACGAAAUGAUGCAGGACUAGCUGCUGCAGAGUUGUCGUUAGCUGUGGAAAAGCAUGUUCUUGAAUCUGGAUCCAUAGACACUGUUGGGACAGUUGGUAUACUGGAGGUGCAUCCUGGAGCAAUCAACAGCAUCCCUAGCAAAUCCCACAUUGAGAUAGAUACGCGGGACAUUGAUGAAAAACGAAGAAAUAAUGUAAUUGAAAAGAUCCAUGAAUCUGCUAUAAAGAUAUCGAAAAGGAGGGGCGUGGAUCUUUUGGAGUUUAAAAUUGUAAACCAGGAUCCGCCCGCCCUCUCAGAUGAAUCAGUAAUCAAGGCAAUGGAAUCCGCCACUCAAUUAUUGGAUUUGAGGUACAAGAAGAUGAUCAGCAGAGCUUAUCAUGAUUCACUCUUUAUGGCCAGAAAAGCACCAAUGGGUAUGAUAUUUAUUCCAUGUUAUAAAGGUUACAGUCAUAAACCAGAAGAGUAUGCCUCCCCUGAAGAUAUAGCAAACGGAGUAAAAGUAUUGGCGCUAACCCUUGCCAAAUUGUCCAUCUGAUGAUGAUAUGCUCACUUUGUAUAGAUACAUCAUAUUAAUCCAAAUUUCUGACUUUCAUCUUAAACUAUGUUACUGUAAUCUGGGUUCCUAAAACCUUCUUUGUUUUGACAAAAAAAGAAGGAAAAGAAACGUAACCCUGUGUAUUCAACCUAUGCUUACAUAAUGCAAUUCGGUUUGAUCA